UAAAACGGCGGGCGCAGAUCCAGGACAUCAUAGUCUUGUUGGACAAUUGGUCUUUUAAGGAUAUUAAGUCCUAAGACCAAAGAUAUGAUGAACGCGUCGUAUCUUUUACUUCUCUGCGUAAUUGGCGUUCUGGAUGCGCUGGUCGCUCCAAUACAACACGAUGGAAAAUUCAUAAAACUCGAUCUUCCUGAUGAUGGUAACGAAUACAAGUUCUCCGCGGACAAGAAGUUGGACAAGUUUGGUAAACAAAUCAUUACACUGACACUCGAGCCUGUUGACGAUAGAAAAGAUGAAUUAACAUCUGGAUUGAACGAACAGUCCUACUGGAAGAAUAUUGCUAGUUCAUCGAACGCAGCACAAAACUCAAAAAGUAAUCGUAAUGAAUUUGCUAGUCAAAUAAAUAACGGAAACGAAAACGCUUACUAUACGUCAGUGUCUGACUCAAAGGAAUCAUCCUCGAGUUCGAACAGUAACUAUAAUUAUAACGAAGGAUUCAACGUUAAUAGCGUUCCAUCGAGAUCGUAUCCAGCACAAUUACUACCACCAAAACCCAGACCAUCAGUGUAUUAUCCAUCACACAGAUAUCCACCACAGUUCUAUCCACAACCAGCGUAUUUCCCUCGUCCAAUUUAUCCAGAUCCCAUUCCUUACGUGCAACCUGAGUUUGUAAAUAUUCCUUCAAUUGAAAAUUAUAAACGCGGAUUUGUACCCACCAAUGGAAACGGAUACUUAUACCCUCCUAGAACAUUUGUCAAUCAAUACCCAGUCCCUCUUGCUUUGCCAUCAAAGCUACCAAUUAGGCCUGUUACUCCAGUUCCAGUAAACCCGAUUGAUAUCACAGGUAAACCAAUAAUUGCACCGAUUAGUGUGCCGAGAAUUCCACAAAUCAGCUUACCUCAAAACGCUCCUGGUUCCGCCAGCUACAUUAAAUCUGUUGGUGGUAGCAGUUCAGGCAGUUCGUACUCAAACAAUAAACAGGAUUUCUCAAGCACAUGGAAUCAGAACGUCGGAGGAUCUUCCUCAGUAACAAGCCCACAGAAGGACUCUCCUAGUACUAUCAGCUCAAGUUAUGGCCAAACAUCCAGUGGUAGUAACACUGGCAGCUCAUUCUCAAGCAGUGGACAAACUUACUCCAAUACCUGGGGACAAAAUGAAAUUGGAUCUACUACCACUACGGGCCCACAAGGUGGAUCACCUACCAUCCCACAAAUACCACAACCCGACUCUCCACAAGGAGGAUCACCAAUCCAACCACAAGGAGAAUCACCUAACCAACCACAAGGCGGAUCACCAACUGGACCUCAAAACGGAUCACCUACCCCACAAGGAGGAAAACCUAACUCUCCACAAGGAGGAUCACCAACCCAACCACAAGGCGAAUCACCUAACCAACCAGAAGGCGGAGCACCAACUGGACCUCAAAAUGGAUCACCUACCCCACAAGGAGGGUAUCCGACUGGCCCAGUAAACGGAACUCCAGGUUCAAGUAGUUCAAGCUUCACAAAUACGUCGUCUGGUAGCAGUGCGAUUAUUUCACCAACAGGACCUCAACCUGGAUUACCAACCCAACCACAAGGCGAAUCACCUAACCAACCACAAGGCGGAUCACCGACCCAACCACAAGGCGAAUCACCUAACCAACCACAAGGCGGAUCACCAACCCAACCACAAGGCGAAUCACCUAACCAACCACAAGGUGGAUCACCAACCCAACCACAAGGCGAAUCACCUAACCAACCACAAGGUGGAUCACCAACCCAACCACAAGGCGAAUCACCUAACCAACCACAAGGCGGAUCACCAACCCAACCACAAGGCGAAUCACCUAACCAACCACAAGGCGGAUCACCAACCCAACCACAAGGCGAAUCACCUAACCAACCACAAGGUGGAUCACCAACCCAACCACAAGGCGAAUCACCUAACCAACCACAAGGUGGAUCACCAACCCAACCACAAGGCGGAUCACCUAACCAACCACAAGGCGGAUCACCAACCCAACCACAAGGCGAAUCACCUAACCAACCACAAGGCGGAUCACCAACCCAACCACAAGGCGAAUCACCUAACCAACCACAAGGCGGAUCACCUAACCAACCACAAGGUGGAUCACCAACCCAACCACAAGGCGAAUCACCUAACCAACCACAAGGCGGAUCACCAACUGGACCUCAAAAUGGAUCACCUACUAGCCCACAAGGAGGAAAACCUAACUCUCCACAAGGAGGAUCACCAACCCAACCACAAGGCGAAUCACCUAACCAACCACAAGGCGGAUCACCUAACCAACCACAAGGCGGAUCACCUAACCAACCACAAGGCGGAUCACCAACCCAACCACAAGGCGAAUCACCUAACCAACCACAAGGCGGAUCACCCACCCAACCACAAGGCGAAUCACCUAACCAACCAGAAGGCGGAUCACCAACUGGACCUCAAAAUGGAUCACCUACCCCACAAGGAGGGUAUCCGACUGGCCCAGUAAACGGAACUCCAGGGUCAAGUAGUUCAAGCUUCACAAAUACGUGGUCUGGUAGCAGUGCGAUUAUUUCACCAACAGGACCUCAACCUGGAUUACCAACCCAACCACAAGGCGAAUCACCUAACCAACCACAAGGCGGAUCACCGACCCAACCACAAGGCCAAUCACCUAACCAACCACAAGGCGGAUCACCUAACCAACCACAAGGCGGAUCACCAACCCAACCACAAGGCGAAUCACCUAACCAACCACAAGGUGGAUCACCAACCCAACCACAGGGUGAAUCACCUAACCAACCACAAGGAGGGUAUCCGACCGGCCCAGUAAACGGAACUCCAGGUUCAAGUAGUUCAAGCUUCACAAAUACGUCGACUGGUAGCAGUACGGUUAUCUCACCAACAGGACCUCAACCUGGAUUACCAAACCAACCACAAGGCGAAUCACCUAACCAACCACAAGGAGGAUCACCAACCCAACCACAAGGCGGAAAACCAAACCAACCACAAGGCGGAUCACCAACUGGACCUCAAAAUGGAUCACCUACUACCCCACAAGGAGGAAAACCUAACUCUCCACAAGGAGGAUCACCAACCCAACCACAGGGCGGAAAACCAAACCAACCACAAGGCGGAUCACCAACUGGACCUCAAAAUGGAUCACCUACUACCCCACAAGGAGGAAAACCUAACUCUCCACAAGGAGGAUCACCAACCCAACCACAAGGCGGAAAACCAAAUCAACCACAACUAGGAUAUCCGACCGGCCCAGUAAAUGGAACCCCUGGUUCCAGCAGUUCUAGCUACAUUAUAUCGACCACUGGAAGCAAUGCAGGCAGCACAUACACUAGCACAGGACACACUUACACAAACAGCUGGGGUCAGACUCAAAGUGGAUCCAGUUCUUCCACAGGCCCACUAAAUGGAUCACCUACUAGCCCACAAGGAGGAAAACCUAACUCUCCACAAGGAGGAUCACCAACCCAACCACAAGGCGGAAAACCAAACCAACCACAAGGUGGAUCACCAACUGGACCUCAAAAUGGAUCACCUACUAGCCCACAAGGAGGAAAACCUAACUCUCCACAAGGAGGAUCACCAACCCAACCACAAGGCGGAAAACCAAACCAACCACAAGGUGGAUCACCAACUGGACCUCAAAAUGGAUCACCUACUUCCCCACAAGGAGGAAAACCUAACUCUCCACAAGGAGGAUCACCAACCCAACCACAAGGCGGAAAACCAAACCAACCACAAGGUGGAUCACCAACUGGACCUCAAAAUGGAUCACCUACUUCCCCACAAGGAGGAAAACCUAACUCUCCACAAGGAGGAUCACCAACCCAACCACAAGGCGGAAAACCAAACCAACCACAAGGUGGAUCACCAACUGGACCUCAAAAUGGAUCACCUACUAGCCCACAAGGAGGAAAACCUAACUCUCCACAAGGAGGAUCACCAACCCAACCACAAGGUGGAAAACCAAACCAACCACAACUAGGAUAUCCGACCGGCCCAGUAAACGGAACUCCAGGUUCAAGUAGUUCAAGCUUCACAUAUACGUCGACUGGUAGCAGUGCGGUUAUCUCACCAACAGGACCUCAACCUGGAUCACCAAACCAACCACAAGGAGGAAAACCUAACUCUCCACAAGGAGGAUCACCAACCCAACCACAAGGCGAAUCACCUAACCAACCACAAGGAGGAUCCCCAACUGGACCUCAAAAUGGAUCACCUACUAGCCCACAAGGAGGAAAACCUAACUCUCCACAAGGAGGAUCACCAACCCAACCACAAGGCGGAAAACCAAACCAACCACAAGGUGGAUCACCAACUGGACCUCAAAAUGGAUCACCUACUAGCCCACAAGGAGGAAAACCUAACUCUCCACAAGGAGGAUCACCAACCCAACCACAAGGCGGAAAACCAAACCAACCACAACUAGGAUAUCCGACCGGUCCAGUAAACGGAACUCCAGGUUCAAGUAGUUCAAGCUACACAUAUACGUCGACUGGUAGCAGUGCCGUUAUCACACCAACAGGACCUCAACCUGGAUCACCAAACCAACCACAAGGUGGAUCACCAACUGGACCUCAAAAUGGAUCACCUACUUCCCCACAAGGAGGAAAACCUAACUCUCCACAAGGAGGAUCACCAACCCAACCACAAGGCGAAUCACCUAACCAACCACAAGGCGGAUCACCAACUGGACCUCAAAAUGGAUCACCUACUAGCCCACAAGGAGGAAAACCUAACUCUCCACAAGGAGGAUCACCAACCCAACCACAAGGCGGAAAACCAAACCAACCACAAGGUGGAUCACCAUCUGGACCUCAAAAUGGAUCACCUACUAGCCCACAAGAAGGAAAACCUAACUCUCCACAAGGAGGAUCACCAACCCAACCACAAGGCGGAAAACCAAACCAACCACAAGGUGGAUCACCAACUGGACCUCAAAAUGGAUCACCUACUAGCCCACAAGGAGGAAAACCUAACUCUCCACAAGGAGGAUCACCAACCCAACCACAAGGCGGAAAACCAAACCAACCACAACCAGGAUAUCCGACCGGUCCAGUAAACGGAACUCCAGGUUCAAGUAGUUCAAGCUACACAUAUACGUCGACUGGUAGCAGUGCCGUUAUCACACCAACAGGACCUCAACCUGGAUCACCAAACCAACCACAAGGAGGAUCACCAACCCAACCACAAGGCGGAAAACCAAACCAACCACAAGGAGGAUCACCAACUGGACCUCAAAAUGGAUCACCUUCUAGCCCACAAGGAGGAAAACCUAACUCUCCACAAGGAGGAUCACCAACCCAACCACAAGGCGGAAAACCAAACCAACCACAACUAGGAUAUCCGACCGGUCCAGUAAACGGAACUCCAGGUUCAAGUAGUUCAAGCUACACAUAUACGUCGACUGGUAGCAGUGCCGUUAUCACACCAACAGGACCUCAACCUGGAUCACCAAACCAACCACAAGGAGGAAAACCUAACUCUCCACAAGGAGGAUCACCAACCCAACCACAAGGCGAAUCACCUAACCAACCACAAGGAGGAUCACCAACUGGACCUCAAAAUGGAUCACCUACUAGCCCACAAGGAGGAAAACCUAACUCUCCACAAGGAGGAUCACCAACCCAACCACAAGGCGGAAAACCAAACCAACCACAACUAGGAUAUCCGACCGGUCCAGUAAACGGAACUCCAGGUUCAAGUAGUUCAAGCUACACAUAUACGUCGACUGGUAGCAGUGCCGUUAUCACACCAACAGGACCUCAACCUGGAUCACCAAACCAACCACAAGGUGGAUCACCAACUGGACCUCAAAAUGGAUCACCUACUUCCCCACAAGGAGGAAAACCUAACUCUCCACAAGGAGGAUCACCAACCCAACCACAAGGCGAAUCACCUAACCAACCACAAGGCGGAUCACCAACUGGACCUCAAAAUGGAUCACCUACUACCCCACAAGGAGGAAAACCAAACUCUCCACAAGGAGGAUCACCAACCCAACCACAAGGCGGAAAACCAAACCAACCACAAGGUGGAUCACCAAUUGGACCUCAAAAUGGAUCACCUACUAGCCCACAAGGAGGUAAACCUAACUCUCCACAAGGAGGAUCACCAACCCAACCACAAGGCGGAAAACCAAACCAACCACAAGGUGGAUCACCAACUGGACCUCAAAAUGGAUCACCUACUUCCCCACAAGGAGGAAAACCUAACUCUCCACAAGGAGGAUCACCAACCCAACCACAAGGCGAAUCACCUAACCAACCACAAGGAGGAAAACCUAACUCUCCACAAGGAGGAUCACCAACCCAACCACAAGGCGGAUCACCUAACCAACCACAAGGCGGAUCACCAACCCAACCACAAGGCGGAUCACCAACCCAACCACAAGGCGGAUCACCUACCAAACCACAAGGCGGAGCCAUCGGAUAUCCCAAAACCAGUGGUAAAUCACCGAUCAGACCAGGAUUCUACCCCAACUCACCAGGGAAGAGUCGUAUUUGUGUCUGCUUCAACAGCUUCGCAGAGAUGCCUAAAGAACUCCAAGAACAAUUCAGAUAUUACUAAUGAGAAACGGGACAUUUGAAUUGGUUGAAUUUUAACGAAAAACGCAUUUGAAAACUGACCUUAAUUUUAAGAGCAAUAAAUUCAGCAUUAUAAAAUAUA